UCAAAUUUGUGUACCGACGUAGAUCCGAAAGUUUGAUGUGACUUUCCCUUGACUAGGUGACGUCUUCCACGUUCUCAUACGGACUCGUGAGCUUUCCACCAAGUUUCCUGCACUUGCCCUGGAAAAUCCAAACUCUCUUUGUACUUUGAUAAAGUCAAAACCUUUUGACUAGACAACAAUAAUCAAACUUAUAUAAAAUCACAUAACUCUCUCUAUAAAGCACACAACUCAUCAACUCUUUACUAAAGCUGUUCAUCGUCAAGUCCCUUCUUUACUACCAAAAAAAAAUGGCGACUUUCUAUAGUCAAGUGCCUUCUGUGUCCUCUGUUUUCUCUCUGUACACAACAUUUUCUGCUAUCACGAUGCUUCUGCGCACAAUCCUCAACGAGGUAGUCCCAAAGGGAAUCAGAGAAUACAUCACCGUGAAACUUGUGGACUAUUUCUCGUCUUACUUUCAGUCUGAUUUCACGUUCGUGAUCGAGCAACACUGGGGAGAGUAUGUGGAGAACCAGACUUUCCGUGCGGCUCAAGUUUACUUACCCACUCGUCUCGCCGGGCUCUCCACCGGAAAACUUCUCGUGGGUUCCAACAAUCUGAAGAAUCCAACGGCUCAGCCGAACCUAGGGAUUCCUGUAGACACCAAAAUCAUGGACGAGUUUGAAAGGAUUCAUCUUGAGUGGACUCUUCACAACGUUAAAUCUAAGGGGAGGCGCGAGAAACGGUACUUUCAUCUGACGUGUAAGGAGUUUCGUGAGAAGAUAAUGGCAGGUUAUUUCGCAUACGUGACGAAAUCAGCAGAGGAGAUAAUGAGGCAUCGAGAGAAUCUACAGAUCUUCACAUACAACAAAGAAGAUUCUGACUGGGAGUCCGCCAUUUUCGAGCACCACACCACCUUCGAGACGCUUGCCAUUGAGCCAGACCUCAAGACAACAUUGAUCGAUGAUCUUGAUGCUUUCUCUAAAGGAAAAGACUUCUUCAGGAGCGUGGGACGUGCCUGGAAACGUGGAUAUCUUCUUUACGGCCCACCUGGUACCGGAAAAUCAUCUAUGGUGGCUGCUAUUGCUAAUCACAUGAAGUAUAAUAUCUAUGAUCUCCAGAUUCAGAGCGUUAAAGACGAUGGUGAGUUGCGUGAGAUUCUCACCUCUACCACGAACCGGUCAAUUCUUCUUAUUGAAGACAUCGAUUGUGGAUCUGAUGCUUCUCGGAAACGUCAUACCAAAGAAAAGGAAGAAGAUGAUGAUGACUCCAAAAAGGGAAAGAACAAGUAUGAAGAUGGGAUAUCUUUGUCUGGUCUACUGAACUUUGUGGACGGACUUUGGUCGAGCUGCGGAGAAGAAAAGAUCAUAAUUUUCACAACCAAUCACAAGGAAAUGCUCGACCCGGCGUUGCUUAGGCCGGGAAGGAUGGACGUUCAUAUUCUCAUGGACUAUUGCACACCGCUUGUUUUCAAUAAACUUGUGUCUUUAUACCUCAAGAUUGAUGGUCACAUCCUGUGUGAUUCUAUUGAGAAGCUUGUUCUUGACGUGAACACAACUCCGGCCGAAAUCACCCAGCAACUUAUGGCGAGCAAGGACGCUGAUAUUGCGCUCAAAGGUGUUAUCGAAUUCUUAGAAACCAAGAAAAAUAAAAAGGAAGAUGAUACAAAAGUGGAGUAAGAUGGAUAUAUCAUAUAAUAUCCAAGAUGCUGGGACCAAAGAAACAGAAACAUAAUAAUUGGAUCUCUAGUGCUUUUAGUUAUCUUAAAGAAUAAUUAGAAAAAAACUCUGUAUUCGGUUCUUUUCAGCAAUAAAUAUCGUUUCUGCAGACACAUUGUAAUGUCAAAAUAUUAGAGAACAUAAAGAAGUCUCUCAUAAGUCAUAAUUAUAUCCUUUUUUCACUUAGAGCAUGUUUUUAAUUGCAGGUUCUUAAGUGCAAUUCUUAGCUAAUUUGUAAUUAAAAAAAAAAAGGUAACUAGGUAAGCAGCGAGUCUUAAAUAAGGAGUGGAAGAAUAGCCACGUGUUUAAGAUGUAUUAGGUUUUGAGUUUGAGAGGAAAAGAAAAGAAAAAAGAAAAGAAAAGACGAAAAGAAACAAACGCCUCUUUCUAUUCAUUAAAGAAGACGAUCGGUGGUCGGCUCCUCGAAGAAUAUGGUGGGUUGAUUUUGACGACGAAGAAUCUCGGUGGUGGUGGCUAUCCCAUUCAAGAAUCUCAUCGGUCUCGUCGACGAAGAGAUGUCGGUGGCUCUCCUCGACUAAGAAUCUCGGUGUCUCUCAGCGACGGCGAGUCUCUGUGGCUCAACGGAGAAAAUCUCGGUGGCUCUCCUUUACGAAGAGAAUCGUCGGUUGAUGCUAAGUGUAAUCGAUGAGCAAAGCUAAGUAAUUUCGUUUUUAUUUUUCAAUUCCUCAAUUUUGCAUGUGUUUGAUUUUGGUCCUUCUUGUACGUUUUUGAUGUUUAGUCUGUAAAUCUGAUUUCUUCAAUUGCAGAUUGAAGUUCCAUUGAAGAGACAAUCAUUUAUUCUCUGGAGAGACAAUCGAUCUUCUCUAUAAACUCAAGAUGAGCAUUAUUUAAAAAAAAAAAAAAAGUAAUGGCCCAAAAUCUAGAAGGGAGCAAAGAAGAAGAAAAUUAAAACGCCGUCGCGGCAAUACUCUGAACGUCUGUCGUCGCCAAACACCUCCCGGAGCAAAAGAUCUUGUCGACGGAUCCUCUGCAGAAGAUGGAUAUAAUAUCACAGUUGCAAGAACAAGUGAACUCGAUAGCUGCAAUCACUUUCAAUGUUUUCGGUACACUCCAACGAGAUGCUCCUCCCGUCCAGCUUUCUCCUAAUUACCCUGAUCCUCCACCCUCUGCUCCUACUACUGAUGAACCUAAGCAGCUCAGUGCCGAUCUAGUCAAGGCUGCUAAACAGGUUAGAUGAUUUGUGUUCAGUUCAUCUGUAUUGGUGCUGGUGUGGAAAAUUUUGAUACUUGUUACUUGUUUUGGUGAAGUUUGAUGCUUUGGUUGGAGCACUUCCUUUAUCAGAUGGAGGUGAAGAAGCCCAGCUCAAAAUAAUUGCACAACUCCAGAUGGAGAACCAUGUUAUUGGCCAAGAACUCCAUAAGCAAUAGAGGCUGCAGAGAAGGAGCUUAAGCAAGUUCAGGAGCUAUUUGGACAAGCAGCUGACAAUUGCCUCAACUUGAAGUAACCCGAAUGAAUUUCUUAUCCUAGCUGAUCCAUACACUAUAUGACUUGGUUCAGGAACAAUUAUGUAUUAGGUUCAGAAGUAAUAGAAGUUGUGCUUUGAUUCAUUACAAAUUGUUGUAGAUGUACAAGAAUGUUAGGUAGCUCUAAAGUCACAACAACGACAUCAUAAUUUUAACACUACCAUUA